UCGAUAACACGUAGAUAGCAUAUACAGGUUGACACGCCGCACAGGUAUUUAAUUCUCAGGAAUAGACGGAAGGUCGAAAGAACAGGGAGGCCAUGUUGGAUUUUAAGUAAAGUUCUCGUGUGAUCCCGGCGUCAGAAAUGCAUCCCCGGCGCAGUGCUCAGGAAGUCCUACUGUGUGACCUCUGUGAAACUGUCCCCCUACAGAGUCAUUGUGAACUUUGUAAUAUAAACUUAUGCAAGGCCUGUGUUGGGGAACAUCUCUCAGAUACCUCUAAAAGACACAAUGUCGUGCCGUUUUUACAGAGAAAGGAUACCCCUAACUACCCGAAAUGUCCAGACCACGCCGAUAAACACUGCCAAGCAUACUGUGAAAAAUGUGACAUUCCUGUCUGUAUUACCUGCGUCACCUCAGGUAAACACGAAGGUCACAAAUUAUCAGAAUUUCUGGAAAAACUCAGCGCUAAAACAGAAAGUUUACAAAAAGAUUUAGAAGAACUAGAGACGAGAAUAUAUCCCCGAUAUGAAGAAAUGGCGUCCGAUGUCCAAACUGAGAAAGCCGAAUUAAAAACGAAUUACGGAAAACUGACAACAGCUGCUGACCAACAAGGAGAAAUCUUACACAGAGAAAUCACCGCCAUUGUCAACCAGCGGAAAUCCGCCAUUGCGGAGAUGAAAACUAAACAUCUGGAUGCGGUAAAUGAAAAUACAGAAGAAAUCACACAGAAAAUGGCGGAACUCAAACAGAUCAUGUCCGACUUGAAAUCAAUCCUAAAAUCAAAUGACGUCUCCUUAACCGCUACUUACAAAUCUAGGAAUUCCGAAUUUAGAACACUACCGCCUAAAGUCCGAGUUACAGUACCCAGUUUGUCUGCUCAGAAAAUAAACAAAGAUCAGCUCAAUGAAAUGUUUGGUUCUCUGUCGCCAUUAUCCAUUAACACAGAACAUGGCGACACAAUGAAGUCAGCAGAAGCUGUAUCGUCUCCUCCAGUCAAACCACUGCUUGAUGAGCCGCGCGUCACCGCCACCAUAGACACUGGGUAUAACAAUCUAUUCAGUGUUAGCUGUCUGAGUGAAGAUCAAGUCUGGACAUGCGGGGAGAACGAAACCAUGAAGCUGCUCAGCCUCCAGAGUAAACUACUGACAUCAAUACAAACCAAGUCAGGGAACGAAUCAUGGGACAUAGCAGUGACACGGGACGGAGAUCUUGUUUAUACUGACACUAAUAAAAGAACUUUAAACCUGAUAAAGAACAAAAAGAUACAGACCGUGAUCACACUACAGGGGUGGUACCCUCUCUUUGUCUGCUGUACCGCCUCUGAUGAUCUCCUGGUUACCAUGGUCAGUGAUGAUGGAGAACAAUACAAAGUCGUGCGUUACUCCGGCUCCACAGAGAAACAAAGCAUUCAGUUUGAUGGUCAGGGUCGUCCUCUCUAUUCAUCUGAUCCUCGCACUCCUAAAUACAUCAGUGAGAACAAGAACCUGGAUAUCUGUAUGGCUGACUGUAAAGCUAGAGCAGUAGUGGUGGUCAAUCAGUCAGGAAAACUCCGAUUUAGAUACACUGGUCAUCCCUCUAAUACCAAGCAAUCAUUUGAUCCAGUCGGCAUCACUACAGACAGCCAGAGUCACAUCCUGACAGCAGACCAUGUCUAUAACCGUAUCCACAUCCUAGAUCAGGACGGACAGUUCCUCCGUUACAUUCACUGUGAUUUAGAGUUUCCAUUCGGUUUAUGUGUGGACAUCAGAGACAACCUCUUUGUGGCUGAGCAUGACACUGCUAAAGUGAAGAAAAUCCAAUAUCUAUAAACACAGUGUUAAUUACUCAGCUCUACAGCGUUAAUUACACAGCUCUACAGUGUUAAUUACACAGCUCUACAGUGUUAAUUACACAGCUCUACUCAGUGUUAAUUACAUCUGCUUGUGAAUUACAGUCCUGUGUUGAUUACAGUCCUGUGUUAAUUACAUCCCUGUGUUAAUUACAGCCCUGUGUUUGUGAUAUGUAACAUGUACUUGUGAGUUUAACUGAUAGAACAUUAGUCUCCACUGCUGUUUAGUAAUUAUAUCUUACAGUAUCUGUAUUAUUAUAUCUAGUGGAGCAUCAUUAAUUUUAGCAGAUUAAUUAAUUACUAAUUAUACUCUGUUACUAGUUAUCCAUCUCUAUACAAUCUUUUCAAAACCAGUGAAUUGCUGAACACAAUCUAGAGAAUGUAAAUCAGUUAUAAUCGUGAAGUAGUUAGAAUUGUCACUUUGUCAAUAUUUGUGUGUAGCCUUGAAUUAUAGUACAUCCACUACUGAGUACUUGUAUGUACUUGUACUGAGUACUUGUAUGUAUGUAUGUAUGUAUGUAUGGACUUGUUUCAGUGUGAUAAACUACUAACUGAACAUUAUUCUGUUUGUUAAUUAUAUAUUUCAAUAUAUGUUUUAUUUUACAAUGUAUAUAUUAGAUAAACAUGAUACAGAG